AUGAAAAAGUUUCAUUCUAUGAAAUCUGAAGGUAUAGAGAGCAAUAACACAUAUGCAGAAAGAAAACCAACUUUGGUAUCACCUAAAAGUACUUUUCUAAAUACAACAGUCAGCAUAUAUACAGACUGGAUGGAACUUUUUAAAAAUAUAGUUAAAAACCUAGCAAUUACUAGUGUAAAAGAUGAUGAACUCUCAUCUGACCUGCAACAACGUAUGAAAAGAUAUGCCAAAGAAGGCUUGAUGAUGUUUCAACAAAACUUUUAUGAAUUUAUCUCAACUAGACAAAAUCAGUUACUGCCAACAAUAAGGCUUAGAAAAGUAUCUAUUUCUAGUAAGAAAGUAAUUACUGAGAAAAUUAAAGAAGUCUUUGAUAACAUAGGCACUAUUAUGGCUAUAAAACUAUUACUUUAUGAAGGCACACCAAUACAAUCUGAUUAG